AUGAAUCAAAAGACGUUUAUUACCGGUGAUAUAUUUUAAUCUUGUAUCAGUCUCUACUUCUUCCAUACGUACUACCAUGUAUCCACAGGGUUAUCAUUGUUUUCACUACAAGUUCACAUUCGUGUUUCUGAGUUGACUUAUUUGACAUACACGAUCAAGGCUUCCACUGGUAGUAGUUGUAUGUCAGUGCAGAGGAAUAGUAGAGGUCAUUGGUCAGAAAUUAUAAUAACAGUUUCAUUGUUCUUGAGGACGAGAAUCAAGAUGGACUCACUCCUGCUAUUUGCUUUGGUAAUUCCAUUCUUUGUUUUUGACGUUAAAGCAGGUAGUAUAGAUUCUAAUGGGCGCCAAUUAGACGGAAGUUAUCCAGAGGAAGAUAUCAAGUAUCACUACGAGGUCAAAAAAUUCAAUGUGCCGGUGGAUCACUUCAGUUUUACAAGAAAUGAUACUUUUAAGAUUCGAUAUCUUGUUAACGAUACUUGGCAGAGAGGAGAUAAUUCUCCCAUAUUUUUUUAUACGGGAAAUGAAGGAAACAUCACAGUCUUUGCUGAGAAUACGGGUUUUAUGUGGGAAAUUGCACCAACUUUUGGAGCUCUACUAAUUUUUGCUGAGCACCGUUAUUAUGGGGAAUCGGUGCCAUUUGGAAAUCUUUCCUACUCAGACGCUGAUCAUCUUGGAUAUUUAACAUCUCAGCAAGCCUUAGCUGAUUAUGCAGACUUAAUAAGUUACUUAAAAUCUGCAAAAAACAUGACUCAUAGCCCAGUGAUUAUCUUUGGUGGAUCCUAUGGAGGAAUGCUCAGUGCUUGGAUGAGGAUGAAAUAUCCACACAUUGUUAAUGGAGCAAUUGCAGCUUCUGCUCCAAUCUUACAAUUCACCGGUAUCACUUCAUGCGACGCAUUUGCAAGAGUUGUAACAUCUGAUUUCGAGGCUGCAAGUCCAUUGUGUCGCAAAUCUAUUCGCAAAUCAUGGAAUGCUAUCAGAAAUAUCACCUCAACAAAGAAUGGAACGAUGUGGCUAUCUGAAAAUUGGAAACUGUGUCCUUCAUCCGAUGUUAAAUUAUUGAAAGAUUUUUUAACUGAUGUAUAUGGUAAUUUAGCAAUGGUUAAUUAUCCCUACAAAACAAAUUUCCUAGCACCCUUACCUGCCAAUCCAAUAUCGGCCUUCUGCUCACAUCUGACAAACCCAAAUCUGGAUGACAAGUCGCUUCUUCUGGCACUGAAAAAAGCUCUCAGCGUAUACACAAACAGUACAGGGACAACAGAGUGUUUGAUUAUAAGUGACGAUGCUGCUCCGGCUCUAGGAGCUAAGGGGUGGCCAUAUCAAGCAUGUACAGAGAUGGUAAUGCCUAUGUGUUCCGAUGGCAUUAAUGAUAUGUUCGAACCAACUCCUUGGAACAUUGACGAAUAUGCCAAACAAUGCUAUAAGAACUUUCAAAUAAAGCCACAGCCAUACCUAGUGUGUGAGAUGUAUGGAUGUAAAGAUUUAUCAACAGCUAGCAAUAUUGUCUUUAGUAACGGAUUGCUGGAUCCAUGGUCAACUGGCGGGGUGAUAUCGAAUGUUUCAUCAUCUACAAUCGCUAUCCUUAUUCCAGAAGCAGCUCACCAUUUGGAUUUGCGGGCAAGUAACCCACGAGAUCCAUAUAGUGUAGUUCAGGCUCGAAAAAUUCAUUGCGCCUAUAUAAAAAAAUGGAUAAGAGAAGAACAGGCUAGAGUCAUUGAGAGAAAUGAUAAUCGGUAUGAGAUUGUGAAUGUUUGAUUAUUUUCUAAGUCGCAGGCCAGGAUAUCUUGUAAUAAAAAAAUACUUGGAAAAAUAUGUCAUUUUGUUUAUUUGAAUUACGAAUAUAAAUUCCAAUAAAUAGUUAAAUAAUACUUCGAUAGUGAGUUUUAAUUAAAUGGGUCCAAGAAGGGUGGUUAAAAAAUAAUUGGCAUAGUUUUUUUUCAUAAUGCAGAAAAAUACUGUUAACAAAUAGUCGGUUAAAACCAACUUACCCUAAGGCUAAACAUUAUUUACUAUUCAGAUGAUUCACCUUAUCAGUCCACAAAAAUAAUCUAAAUAAUGUAUAAUUAAAAUGUAAAUUGGUACAAAUGAAUUUCAAUUAUAAUUGAGUCAUGCUACAAA